AUGUCUAAUGAUGCAAGUAAAAUAAACAAUACAUCGACUACAAACAAAGCUCGUCCAUGGAUUCAAACUGGUCGAUACGAAUUUGAAACUGUAUGCCGAUCUACGUUAUGUCCAAAAGAAUGGCUUCAAGUAGAAAAAAUCUAUGUUUGUGAAUAUUGUUUAAAAACAACUAUACAAGGAACAUCAGCGAGGCGACAUCAUACAAAAUGUACACAAACACGUCCUCCAGGUUGUUUGAUUUAUACACAAAAAGAUGUUAGUAUUUUUGAAGUAUGUGGUUGGAAAGCCAAAACUUAUUGUGAAGAUUUAUGUCUUAUCGCUACUUUAUUUAUUGAAAGUAAAAUCGAAAUAAAAAAUGUUCACCGUUUUCGUUUCUACGUUCUGACGGUUUGUCAUAAUGAUAAUCAAUAUGAAUUUGCUGGAUUUUUUUCGAAACUUCAAUAUCAAGAAAGACUCAAUGUUUCGUGUUUAUUAAUUUUACCACCUUAUCGUAAUCGAGGUUUUGGAAGUUUAAUGGUACAUAUAAGUUAUGCUCUCAGUCGUUUGGCUAAUAUUCAUACGGGUACACCAGAACGUCCCCUGUCAACACAAGGCUUAUUAUGUUAUAGAAAAUAUUGGAAAUCAAAGAUAUUUGAUUAUCUUUUAACGAAAACAAAUGAAGAACAAAUUGCUAUAAAUGAUAUUAGUAAAGCAACAUCAAUUUUCACAUGUGAUAUUAUUGAAACAUUAGCAUCAUUAAAUAUGAUUCGAAUGUUGGAAAAAGAUAAGCUUAUUAUCUAUCGUUCUCAAGAAUUAUUUGAUGAAUAUAAACAAAAAUCGAAAGAAACCGAUAUUCGUCACGAAAUCGUUAAUUUCGAUUCAAGAUGUCUAACAGCCAAAUCCAUCCCAGCUCCUUUGCCAUUUGAACACAAGUGUAAAAGAAUAAAAUUUGAUGAUAAUGAAACAGUUAUGACAUUUUUUAACUAUUAUCCAUCGGCAUCAAUAGAAGGCAUAGACUAG